CCCAACUGCCCCACCACAUUUACCUUCGUUCCUUUUUCUUCCUGUUGGCGAUGUUGAUGGCAAACAAUAAAACUUAAUAGAAAUUGACGCACUGUGAAUUCUUUCUCUACAAAACGACUCAGACUAAUUCAGAAGCUUGUGAUCACUUCCUCGAUAAUUGCUAAGUGGCCGAUGUACGGAAACCUACGUCGUUUAUUCCUCGUUGUUUUCUGCUUUUGAGGUUUGGGAUCGAGAAACUUCUACAAGAUUUUUGAGUUGGGUUGAAAUCCAUCCAUACAAGCUCAGCUGGAUGUUUACCAUACAAGGCAUUCUGUGCACUUUCUUUCUCUUAUAGUUGCAGUAGUUUCUUAAAAUCGACCCGAAAGCUCCAACCAUUUGGGAAGCGUUAAACAAUUAUUGUCCUAAAUUUAUUCCACAGCACACCAUUUAUCUGAGAUCGUCAGCUCUUUGCAACUAUCGCUGAUGGAAGACUCGUUGCCUAGUACUGGGUUUAGCACUAAGACUGAAACGGAUAGUGUGAUCACUAAGAACAAGUUAUCUAAAAGAUGUUCGAUUGCUCCUUUAGCUAAAUCUGCCUCACGGCACCCUUUUAGACACAUAGCUUCCCUAAGCCAUGGUAGAAUUGGAAGAGAUGCAGUUGGCCAUGUAGCAUUAUUUGUACUUAAAGUUGCUGCUCUUGAAACGGUUCGCAGGAUCUCAAGAGCUAAGUGUCCAUUUGCAUGGCAGAGUGUUCAGGCUUUGCAAGUUCUAUGCUAUCCACCGUUCAAGUGGAUUCAAAGAUUUACUCCCUUUAGGAGUUUGAUCAAAGGCAUACAGACAUUUUCGAGGCCAUUACUAGUUCUUUCAAUUGCAACGGCUUUUUCUGAUCAACCAGAGGCUGAAAAUAGAUUGUCUGGUGGUGCCACUGAUUCUAAUGCAUGUUCAGAAGUACAAUCAGAGGAAUCCUCUGUACAAACUGCUUCAGACACAGGGGUUUCUAAUGAAUCUCCACCAAUUCUAGCAUCUGAAACUUGGUUGAUACAACUUCAUAAAGAGUUGGAAAAGCAAGGGAUUAGUUUGCCAGAAAGAAUUGAUGAGGAUGAACUCUGUAGAUUCUAUGCUGCUGCAAACAGUGACUUUACCUCCUUCUUAUCUUCCAUUAAGAAGACAAUUCGUUGGAGGGAGACUUACAGAAUUCUCUCGCUACAGGAGCUUGAGAUGUGGUCAAACAUGGUCUUCUGGCAUGGAUGUGACAUGAAAGAACGACCUUGUCUUGUAGUUCGGCUUGGGCUAGCUUGUAGCAGCUUGCUACCUCCUGAUAGGCCUCGUUUCGCUCAAGCAGUUAUAUCUCAUGUGGAGCACGGUGUCUCGCAUUUAGUCAAUCCAGAGAAUCCUCAAAUUACAGUAUUAGUGGACUGUGAAGGUUUAUCUCCACUGAAAGUUCCCAUGCAAAUUAUAAGAACCUGUUCUUCUCUUCUGCAAGAUCACUUUCCAAACCGUCUUGGUUAUCUGUUUGUUAUUAGGCUUCCUCCGGUUCUUCGUGUUAUUGCUCAGACCCUUAUCCAGGUACUAAAGCCUGUGACUCGGAAAAAGUUGAAAAUUGAAGGGCAGAUGUACCAGAAGGUUCUCUCUGAGUACCUUCAAGCAAUCCCAUUAUAUCUUGGUGGCAAAUGCACAUGCAGACAAUGCUCAGACAGUAGCCUCUAUCAUAUGCAGCAGUUUCCUGCAAGUGGAAUCGCCGAGAAAGAUUCCCCUGCAAGAUUUGGCGAGGGUGAAAAUUCUCUCCUGCUUAAUCCAGGUUAUGAGUCUGGGGCUGACCUGAAUGAUAACUGUGACCAGGUGUUGAGAACUGCCAUAAUAAGCAUCCUUAUGUUAUGGGUUUUCAUAGCUUUUAUUGCUGGAAUGUACGACCCUGAAAACCGCCCAUCUUUUCGUUUAUAAGGCAAGGCCAUGUUUUUUAGCAUACGUUUUUGUAUUAUGGAAGUUGCUGUUGAUCAGGAACUUUUUCCCAAUUAUAUAUGUACCGCACAUAAUAUGUUUAAUAUUAUAAUAUAUAUGUUUGAGUUUAUGAUA